GUAGGAGCGCCAGCCGCGUCCCAGAGUAGGAGAGCCAGCCGCGUCCCGGAGUAGGAGCACCAGCCGCGUCCCGGAGUAGGAGCGCCAGCCGCGUCCCGGAGUAGGAGCGCCAGCCGCGUCCCGGAGUAGGAGCGCCAGCCGCGUCCCGGAUUAGGAGCGCCAGUCGCGUCCCGGAGUAGGAGCGCUAGCCGCGUCCCGGAGUAGGAGCGCCAGCCGCGUCCCGGAAUAGCAGCGCCAGUUGCGUCCAGUACUAGUAGCGCCAGUCGUGUCCCGGUGCAGCAGCGCCAGUCGUGUCCCGGUACAGCAGCACCAGUCGUGUCCCGGUGCAGCAGCGCCAGUCGUGUCCCGGUGCAGCAGCGCCAGUCGUGUCCCGGUGCAGCAGCACCAGUCGUGUCCCGGUGCAGCAGCGCCAGUCGUGUCCCGGUGCAGCAGCACCAGUCGUGUCCCGGUGCAGCAGCGCCAGUCGUGUCCCGGUGCAGCAGCACCAGUCGCGUCCCGGUGCAGCAGCGCCAGUCGCGUGUUCUGCAACUUGAGUCAACACUACGGUAAAAAUAACCGUAAUAAUGGGGUGUUUGAGGUUGAUGAUAGUCUCCCUUGUCUGCCUCUUGUCCCAUGCUCAAGUUUUCUUCAGGGGAAACUGUCCCAAAACACCAAUAAUUAUAAAUUUUGACUGGAAUAGGUACCUGGGUAGCUGGUACGAGCAAGAACGGUACUUCGUGGGUUACCAGACUGUGGGUAGGUGCUGGAGAGGUACCUACCUCCAAGACAGACACUCGGGAAAGAUCUCAGUCAAACUGCACUUUUGGGACGUUGUGUUCAGCCGUCCUAACAUGAUAAGUGUCGGGGUGAUUCAGAAGAGACCAUACAGAGCGCCCAACCACCUCACAUACACUCUCCCAGGUGUGCCAGGCUUCGAAGAUAAUUACGAAGUACUUGCCACUGAUUACGACAACUGGACCCUAGAAUAUACCUGCUCGGAGAGACAACCUUUCGGGCACACUCGAAUUGCUUGGAUCCUGACUCGACAACCACGACCACACUACAAGGUAAUCCUCCAAGCUAAGACCACUCUCGCCUCCCUAGGUAUUGAUACUAAGUAUCUCAGGAAGCAGGACACUUCUUGUUACAUCGAACAAGCGCCCAUUAAGCAUUACUUUAAGAAAAUGGGAUAUCAGUUUCCAUGUGAUGACUUGCGAAUGCCUCUUAUGAUUGAAUUUUAA